AUGGCGGGCAAGGCGUCGGAGCAGAGCGCCGCUGCCGCUGCGUCGGUUGAGGAGCAGAGGGCUGCUGCCGCUGCGUCGGUUGAGGAGCAGAGGGCUGCUGUCGCUGCGUCGGCCGUGGGGGAGUCGCUGGCGCGUCUCACGUUCGAACAUGAGCCUGGCACACUCACGCGCAAUCUCCUUACGCUGACGCGCCAUCUCCUCACGCUCACACGCCACCUCCUCACGCUCACGCGCAAUCUCUUUACGCUCACCGCGUAUGGCGAAUUGCAGAACCGACACAAGUACGUGUUGCCGCUGACGUGCUCGAAAGCUGGGUCCACGAUCAUACUGGGCUUCCUAGGCGACGCUGACUGGCGCAAGCGCCGCGCCCAUCUGUACGCUACCUGCGUGCUGGGCGAGGGCGCCAAGUCGGUCAUGACGCGCAAGCUCGACAACGUGGUGGGCAUGGUGCUGCCGUUCCUGAGCGACCAGAACUCAAUCGCUGAGGACUUCGGCGAGGUUGAGAAGGGCAAGAACUCCCAGGCCAAGUUCCACGCCGUGGCCGUUGCGGCGCUCACGGUGCUGAUCCAAAACGAGCAGUGUGCGCUGUGCACGUGCGCUCUGGCCGCCUGCAUGGAGAUCAACUUCUGCAACACGAACGUCCAGGAGCAGGCAAUCACUGCCGUGGCUAGUGUCGCGAAGGUGAUCGGCGACAAGUUCCUGCGCAUCUACGACAUUUUCAGCCCACUUGCCAAGGAGGAGCGCUUCGUGAACGACGCCAAGGAGAUCAGGGAGAUGCUGGUCCGCGUGCAGUCCAGCGAAGAGCUGGAGGUCCCCGAGGUGCACGCACUCACGUUGCGCAGUUGCGCAGAUUCAGCCGUGUCCGAUGUCGUCGCUGACGAUGUCGAGGAGGAUGGCCAGACGGCUGAUGACAAGGACACGAUGACGCUCGAGAUCCGUGGUGUGGGCAAGAAGUCGCAGGUGAUGAUCCCGCUGAUUGACUUCGAGUACGUUGAGGACAUCCGCAUUGUGAACAGCCUUGCCAUGGCUAACCUGCUGAAGUUUGCGGUGGCUGGCACGCUCAACCACGGCGCUCCAGUAGCUCUUUGAAAACUCUUCAAGGCCGAUGUUGAAGGGCCUGCAGGAGGAGAAGAACCUAAGUGCUUUGGUGCUCUUGUCAAAUUCAUGUCGCCCGUCCAAAAGACGAGCGAUAUGAAGGAUUUCCCAGCUCACUGGCAUAUCGUAACACGUGUGUAUCAGCUGCCACACUUAGGGAGUAGGCAGCACACCCUCCAACGAUCCUUAAGGGCUGGAGGGCCGGGCAUUUUCUAGGUCGUUAGUUAGGCUAAAUGACUGUAAUGUACCUCAACUUAAAAC